AUGUCUGACAGAACGGGACCAGAAGACACCAAGACCAAGGGUCAGACUGGAGGUGCAAGUGACCGGCCUAGCAAACUCAAUGCUCAAGUUCAGCAACUGUUUGCUCGAAUGCAGCAGGAAAUCGAAGAUGAAAAGCCUGCCAACGUCAUUUUCUUUAUCGUUGACUUCCUUUGCAAGCACUAUCCUGAGCACCUUCAAGGUUUCGCAACAAUCUGGAAUGCAGAUCCCGAGCUAGAGCGGGAGAGACUCGGCGUCGUGGAGUUUUUCCGUGCGCAAAAGCUGCCUACUGAGAUCGCAACUCAUUUCACAAACGCCGGAUUUGAUACCCUGGAGACUCUGUGCACGCUUACAUCCGAAUCUUUGGAUGACAUAGAGAAGUUCAACCAAGUUCGCUGGCUCCCGGGACACAAAGUCAGACUUCAGCAAACAUUCGCCGACAUCGCUGGUCGCGUUCGGUCCUUCACUGAGGAGAAAGAAAAUCUGGUACGCGCGAUGAGAGGAUCCAUGUACUGCCAUCACCCUCAACUAAUGAGCAAGCCCAACUUGGUUCCAUCUUCACCUGUCACAGUCAUCCAGGGCUCAGCGCCGCCUGCGGCCACUGGCUGCUGUUUCUCAUCGCCGAGUUCUGCGCCUCUCGCUCUCCCGGCAUCAACGACGACUUACCGUGCGCUCCCAUACAGUACUGUGUAUCAGUAG